AUCUAGCCAGUCAUUUCCUGUGCGAGCCUGCCUCACUCUGCACGAAGCCACACACUGGGGUGGAUCACAAGGUUCUGGGGGUGUUCCUCCUCACAGGAGCCUUGGAUUCUCUCAUGGACCAGCCAGGAGCUGCACGCCGUGCCCCUGCCAGGCUGCUGGGAUGAGCACGAGCCCUGCACGGCUUCUCUCCCAUGGAUGGAGACCCUUCUGGGGCUGCCUUCAUGCCAACUAACGCUUCUGGCUGCUUGACUUGGCCUCUGCUGGGAGGCCGCUUCCCCUCUGAAGGAGCCCUUGGGACUCCUUGUCAGAUCAGCUCUGGGGUGGAGCUGGCAGCAGCUUCUGACGCUCUGUCUGUGCAAGACUGACAGUAAAAAACUCUCCUGGGCGCUGUGGAGAGAUGGAAACUGCAGCUGAGGAGUGAUUUUGGGGAGAGGAAGACAGAAAAGCGCGAGCAAAGUGUUGUGGAAGUGCAAAUAUCCUCCUAAAGGAUUCAGCAGAUGUCCCAGCUAUGGAGUGUGCCUGUAGCCCCAGCAAGGGAGAUUUCUCCUCAGAGGAAUCCUGUUAACCCUUUGGAGGGAGCGCCUGGGAAUGAGCAGGAGCUGCUGACCAGAGCUGUGCUGCAGGUUUAGUGCCCCACAGGGAACCUCUUGGUGGUCUGCAGGACCAUCUCUCCUGGCAAUGGAUAAGUUCACAAACGGGCAGCCAGGCCCAGCUCAGAGGAACAGGCUCUUAGGAUUGCUGGAGACAGAUGACAGCACCCAGGAAGAGAAACCUGCCCCGAGCAGAAAGGAAGAAAAGUCAGGACUUGGGAGGAAAGGAGAGCCACAACCCUUGGAGACGCCUUAUCAGAAGGAGAGCAGCGACUUUGCCCCUAAAAUCAAGAUUAAUCUGAAUUAUCGGCCAGGACUCGUCAGCAACCAGAAGGACCCGAAUCGCUUUGACAGGGACCGGCUGUUCAGCGCCGUGGUCCGGGGCAGCCCCGAGGCUCUGGAUGGCCUGCUGGAGUACUUAAGGAGGAACUCCAAAUUCCUCACCAAUUCCGAGUACACAGAUGCAAAGUCUGGGAAAACCUGCUUGAUGAAAGCCCUGCUGAACUUAAAAAAUGGGAAGAAUGACACAAUCCCAGUCCUGCUGGAAAUAGACCAAAAGACACAGAACCCCAGGCCACUGGUCAACGUGUCCUGCUCCGACUGCUUCUACAGAGGCCAGACCGCGCUGCACAUCGCCAUCGAGAAGAGGAGCCUGGAGAUGGUGAAGUUGCUGGUGGAGAACGGGGCCGACGUCCACGCCAGGGCCCACGGGGAGUUCUUCAGGAAGAAGAAAGAAGGAGUUUACUUCUAUUUUGGUGAGCUCCCGCUGUCCCUGGCCGCCUGCACCAACCAGCUGGACGUGGUGCAUUACCUGCUGAACAACCCGCACCAGCGCGCCCGGCUGCAGGAGCAGGACACGCAGGGCAACACGGUGCUGCACGCGCUGGUGAUGAUCGCCGACGACAGCGAGGAGAACACCCGCUUCGUCAGCUCCGCCUACGUGCAGAUCCUCAAGGCGGGCGUCCAGCUGGACCCCACCUGCAAGCUGGAGGAGAUCGCCAACUACGACGGCUUAAACCCCCUGCAGCUGGCUGCCAAGACGGGCAAAGUGGAGAUCUUCAGGCACAUCAUCCAGAGGGAGAUCCAGGAGCCCGGCUACCGGCACCUGUCCCGCAAGUUCACCGAGUGGACCUACGGCCCCAUCCACGUGUCCCUCUACGACCUGUCCUCCCUGGACAGCUUCGAGGAGAACUCCGUGCUGGAGAUCCUGGCCUACAGCAGUGACACCCCGAACCGGUACAAGAUGGUGGUUUUGGAGCCACUGAACAAACUGCUCCAGCAAAAAUGGGAAACGUUUGCUUCCAAGAGGUUCUACUUCAGCUUUGCCUCUUACCUGUCGUUCAUGAUCAUCUUCACAGCCAUUGCCUACUACCAGCCCUUAAGGGUGAAGCCUUCCUUCCCAGUGGAGUUCACAGCUGGAGGCUUCCUCUGGGUCUCUGGACUGAUCAUUAUCUUGUUAGGAGGCAUUUAUCUGAUCUUUGCUCAGAGCCUGUACCUGCGGAGGAGGCGCCAGUCCCUGAAGACCAUGUGCUCUGACAGCUGCAUCGAGAUCCUGAUCUUCAUCCAGGCCUUCUCCCUGCUGCUCUCAGCAGUGCUGUACGGAGCCAGCUCAGAGAACUACGUGGCAGUGAUGGUGUUCUCCCUGCUCCUGGGCUGGGUCAACACCCUCUACUACACCCGCGGCUUCCAGCGCACCGGCAUCUACAGCGUCAUGAUCCAGAAGACCAUCAUGAGAGACCUGCUGCGCUUCCUCCUGGUGUACAUGAUCUUCCUCUUCGGCUUCGCUGCAGCCCUGGUGACGCUGAUGGGCGAUGCCCCCUCGGUGUCCCAGAACAAGUCCCUGGCUCACCUGGAGGGCUCGGGCAGCCACGCCAUGUACGGGGGGCUGCUCAGCGUCUCCCUGGAGCUCUUCAAGAUCACCAUCGGCAUGGGGGACCUGGACUUCCAGGAGCACGCCAGGUUCAGGUACUUUGUCAUGCUGCUGCUGCUGCUGUUCGUCAUCCUCACCUACAUCCUGCUGCUGAACAUGCUGAUUGCCCUCAUGAGCGAGACUGUCACGGAUAUUUCUGGCUACAGCAAGAGCGUCUGGAAGCUGCAGAGGGCCAUUGCUAUUCUGGAGAUAGAGAAGGCCUGGCUGUGGCGCCAGGGGGGGAAGAGGAGAUCUGGCUGCUUCAUGUCAGUGGGGCUCAACAAGAAAGAUGAGAGGUGGUGUUUCAGAGUAGAGGAAAUUAAAUGGGCAGAUUGGGCAAAGGAUGUGGGAGUUCUGAAGGAAGAACCUGGGAACACCAGUGAUUCAGAAAUAAAUCCAGAAGACACCAGCUCCUGGAGACAGCCAGCCCAGAAACCAGCCCGAGCAGCUGCCCCGGAGCAGCUGGCCCUGCUGCAGCCCCAGCCCCCAGGCACAGAGAUGCUGCCCCUGCAGGGACAGCCCAGGCAGCUCUGACAGCUUUUCUGGUCCUGCCUCCACCUCCAGAGGAGCUGCUCUCCCCCCAGCAGCUGCAAGAACUGAAGGCAUUGUCAGCAGCAAAGUGCAUCUCGUGGAGGACUGCGGUUCAGCCUGUGGCUUUCAGCCUUGUCAUGCACUUCAAUGAUUCAUUUCCUCUGAAGAAACUGUUUUUACUUGACUUUUCUCUGCCUGACACUUUCUUAUUGCUGUGCCUAAAGAUGCAGUGGUGGGAGCGAGCUCCUGGGGCAGUGGGGGAGGCAGAGCUGAGCAGGGAUGAUGCUCAUGGAUGAUGCUCAAGGAAUCACCUGGCUGAGGAUGGCCCAGCCUGUUCUCUUGUCACAAGGGACUGCACUGAAGUGCUUUGGAAUAAAGAGAGUUGUAGAGUCCUAAAAGCUGCUGAGGGUGGAGUUGUCUCUGUGCUGGUGUGAGAUGUGAGUGGACAAACCCUCACCCUGAGCAGCACCUGCAGGGCUCUGUGGUUAAUCCACAUCAGCAUCCCCAUUUCACACUUCCAGAAUGAAAUUCUCUCCCUAAAAACACAGGAAGUGGUGUGGAUUUCCUGGACCUGAACCUUCGCUGGUGGAUUUCUGGGACUUUCAUGGGUUGCUUUGUCUCUGUAAUAAACAGCAGCAGAAUCCUGCUCGUGGCCCCUGAGAGACUGAUGGGCCAACAUUUGUGUGUGGUUUUUGCUUCCUGUUGCUCGUGAUGGGCAUCCUGUCUUGCUGCAGAUGUCUGCAAGGACCUUGCUCCUUUUUGUGGCUUGCACCCAGCUUCAGGCAGGAGGGGCAGCCUGCUGCAAACUGUGGGAAAAGAGAUAAAAAUGAACUGUCUCACUUUUCACUCUAUUCAACAGUAAAAACAUGUAAAAUUUCUGUAAACAAUACAGCAAGUGUACUUCAUUGAAAAUGUUCAUUUUUGGAUGUGCUUUUAGAGCUUCUGCCUUUCUCAGCAAGGGAGAGAAGGUGUUAGCAGUGUGGAUUCCUGAUUACUGCUGUGGGAGUUAACUCUUGUUUUUCAUGGCCUCAUGUGAGUUUGUGCAGCCACUCCUGACCCUGGAGCAGCUGGUGCUGCCCUGGAGGCAGCUUCCAGCCCAGGGCAAGGUUGGUGAGAAUCCCAGGAAAGCUGGGAUUUUCCAGGGGCUGGCAGCACCUUCCCUCCAGUGAGAUGAGCCAUGCAACCUGAGCUCAGUUCCACUCAGAGUGAGCCUUGGAGGUUUUCCUUUUGGACACCAUCAUCUUAAUCCUCACUGCAUACACAUGACAGGCAGCAAAAUUUUGUUUUAAACCUCAUUCCCUGCACCUCAAUGGGUUCUUCCCCCCGUGCUGGGCAAUUCCCCCUCCAGCCUCACUGCUCUGGGACUCUGAGUGGGAACUGACUUUUCUUGCUCCACCUUCUGUUGUUUUCUUGCUUUGUGAAGCCUUCAGCUGCUUUGUCCAUCUAUGGCUUUGUCCUCAGUGUUCCCAAGAUCUGGCAAGGUGCUCAUAUUGCACAGAGGCUCAUCUGGCCCAUGAUAAAUCUAUUGCUGUGCUUGGUGCUCUGCUGGGACACUUGGAGAUUGUAAAGAAAGGCAGGAUCAGAGCUGCCAUCCCUCUCUGGGCUCUCAAUAAAUAACCUUGCUGGCAGUUUGGGGAAGCUGUGGGCACUGACAGCUUUCAGCAUCACCUUCCUCUUCAGCCCUUCCUUGGACCUGCUUCUCUUUUGAAGUUGGCAGUGCUCGUUUAUCUUUUGAUCUGCACCAGGAAUGUUCUGCUGUGAGGCAGAGCUUUGGCAACCCCAGAGCUUCCCAGUCACACCCCAGCCCAGCAGUCUCCUGGAUGAUGAUGGUUAAGAGGCCCCAGAGAAUUUUGGGGUCCGCUCUUAACAGAUGACAAUGUUUUGUCAGGAACCCCUUCAGUCAUUCACACAAGAACUUCUCAACAGCUGAGCUGUCCUCUCCCUUCUGCCCCUCACAGGUAAGCCCCACUGAGAGCCUUUCCUGUGCACAGGGGAUGUUUUUAGGGCUCUGGCUAAACUAAAAAACCUCUCACAAAUGGCAGAGGAGAAGCAGCUGCAUUUUCCCUCCUCUCUCUGAAGCACAGAGGCUCUGGGGGCCCAGCAGCUCCCAGUGCAGCUCUGGGGCUGCUCAAACCUCUGGGUGUGCUUUGCUCAGAGUUCCUCAGCUCCUGGCAGGCGAGAGAUCAACCUUGAGCAUCCAAAGCCCUCCUUUAGCCCAGCACACUUUGCCUGCUCCCCGUGGAGCUCUGAGCUCCCCCCACCUCACAGAGCUGCAAUUUUCCUAAAAAGAAACUCCAUCUCUGCUCUCUGUGGUUCCCAAUUCCCUGUUUUCCUCAGGGGCAGAGGUGGAACCAAACCUCCCUUGUUUUUCAGAUGCUUUGCACAUUCUGGGGAGUUUCCCCCCGUUUUUCCAAAGGCUGCUCUGAAGCUGGAGCCAGCACAGGGAGCUGGAUCCACGAGCUGAUUCCUCCCUUCCAUCUCCCUGUGACUCCACUUGCAACUGAACAUAUUUUCCAUUGCCUCUGGAGCUCUCAGAGGGAGCCUUUGAAAUGUGACAGCCCCAGGGCCCCGACGAAGACCAGAUGCUUUCUGUGAGUCCCAGGAGCUGCCCAGGGCUGGGGCUGAAGGGCUGCAGCUGGUGGAGUUUGCAGCUGGACUCUGCCUGGGGCUGCCUCUCACUUUUUGGGCUUUGCUGUUCUCAGGAAAUCUCAUUUCUUGCUAUGGGACUAAAAUAAAAAUUAAAAUAAAAACUAAAACAAGAAUUAAAUUUUUUUUUUAAAAAAAGAAAACUUGCACUUUGCAGCCUCACAUCUGCUUCUGCAGCACAAAAAACCCCAAACCUGAGGCCAGACAGGAGCAGGCAAAGGCUCAGAAAAAGUGGCUGUGGCUGCCUUGGGGGUGGAACAGAACUAAAUCUGAGUGCAAAGGGGUUUUUCUUGCUUCCCCUUUUGCCAUACUCUUUUUUUUUCAGCUCAGAUUCAUGGCAUGUGGAGUGUUACAGCAUUUCUGGUCUGUGAGGAUGGCUGUCAAAUGUUGAACACACAGAGUGGAGAGUUGGAGCUAGCUGGAAAGUGCCCAUGGGGUUUGUUGUACUUUUCUGAGAAUCCUUGGAAAAUGUAGAUUUUCUGGGCAAAGAGAGCCAUGUCUCUAUUUCACUGGCAGAAGAGCCAUCCCCAGCUGACAGUGUUGGUUUUGUUGCUGCUCACGUCUCCAACACUAAAGUCAGGAACUCCAUCACUGCAGAAAAAAACAAUUCUGCUAUUUUGGAAUCCUCUGGAUGAAAACCUUCAUCCGUUAGGACAAGAAUGAGUCUGCAGAGUGCCAGAACCAUUUCCUUUUGUUCAUCCCAAGCUUGCAGUGCUUUACCUCUGCAGCAAAUACACUGGCAGGAAUCAUGGAAUUUGGAAAAAAGAGUGGGAAAAAAUUCAGCCAGCUGGGCUGUGCUGUAUUUCUGUUGCACUCUCAGGGGUCACAGGGAGGGAGGUUGCCAGCUGUGCUAUUCCUUUUUCUGCUGUCAGACUGUUGAAUAAUGAUUUUGCUGCUGCUAAACUGGUUACAGGAUCUGUCCCUGAGGAUGGCUGGAAUAAAAUAAAUAAUAGGAAACGAUCCACAUAUAA